AUGGCAUCAGCACUCCUACUCUCCUCUCUGCUUCUGCUCAGCUCAACGAGCGCCCAGUCAACAUCAAACGACACAUAUACCUACCUGGAUGUUACCUUCUCCGACCCAGGAGCUCGAGACUGCGGCCAAGGCACAACUGGUGAGGGCAAUGCCGUAACGUUAUCAGUCACUUCGCCUGGGGCACUGUUCACUUGCUUCAACGUCAAUGAAACGUUCUCUCAGCCCAACAUCACCUACAACACAAGAGGAUACUCGUGUCUAAGUGAUGAGCCGUGUGGUCUAAACUACACCAUCACCGGCGCAGAGCACUUCAACGCCGCCGUCAACUACUCCCAGAUCUGGUACCGACAAAACUCGUUUCCGGUAGUCCAGGACGACGAUGACGAUGAUGCCAACCCGGAAGACAGGGUCGGCAGGUUGCGCUUCCAGACGUACAACGGACUGGACUGUUUACAGGUCGGCGGAGAGGAUGACGAUGGCGAGGUUGAGGCGUGGUAUGCGUGGAACUGCAACAAUGCCAAUGGGACUUGUGGUACUGUUCCGUACGAUGUGAAGAGCUUCGCUAUUGUGCCGGUUGAGGAAGAUGACCAGGGCGAUGAUGACUGCUAUGUUGCAGCCGAGUAUGCGAAUGCUGGAGCGAGGUCGAGGGUGGGAGGAAGUCUGGUGGCUUUGUUGGUAGCCUUUGUUAUUGCGGCGACGUUCUUGUAA